AAUGUGAACUUGGAAUAAUUAGAUUUGAGGUUGCGGAAAUGAGCUGUAAGAAAUGUUGCUGGAUAUCAAUAAUGAAAUUGAUAAUACCAUCCAAAUAACAUCCAAGCACUUGAUUUAAAAGAAAAAUUAAUUGAAAAGGAAUGAGUUUGAUAUACUGUGAAAUCAUUAUUAUUUGUGGGACAUUAAACUUAGCAGCUUAAGUUGUACAGAUCCUGUAAAAAAUUUGAUCUUGAAUCCUCGUAUUCAACUGUCUAUAUUAUAUACUAUCACGAACAGGAUUAAGGUUUUCCAUAAAAGUUGUUACAUAAAUGGGAAAGUGUUCUAACGUUAGUUGAUGCAAGAACAAUAUACAGUGUUUAUUUCUUAACAAAAAGUGAAAAAUGACUGAAUCAACAUUGGACCAUUUGUUUGAGCUUCAAGUGCAUAAAGAAUUGGUUUUGUCAUCAAUUAAAUAAUGAUGAAUAAUGAAGAACAUGGCAUGGAGGAACACAGGGACUAUUUGUUUUUAAUUAAGAGCUUGUGAAGAAAGGAACCAUCAGGUUGCUUCUAGAUAAGAUAAUACAUGUAACAAAUCUGCCAUUAUGGUUCACACAGUGUUGACUGGAGGAAAGACCUUGUUCAAGGAAACUGAUAUAGAGAGGCUGGGUGAACCAUGUGAAGUGGAGUGACAGGCCAGGGGACAAUGCCUGUAACAAGAUGAGUAUGGCCAAGGUUCACUGUUCAUGUGGAACUCCCAUGUGUUCGAGUAAUGGAUAUAUUCCCGUAGCCAAGGACAGGAAACACAAACCUCAUUUUAAAACCAGGGGAAACAAGCCUGAGCCAAUCCGGUUUGGUGGAUUCUCCAAGUACAACCCGCCCUGCCAUGACAGUGCCGUUAAAAAAUGCAAGAAGAAACGAAAACAAGCCUCUGCCUUGAAGAUAAUGGCAGAACUGGGCUCAGAGAGCAAUGCGCACGGCCUUGCAAAAAUUGUCACAUCCGUCACAACAAAACGGAAAGUUCUGUGGUCUCUGCUAGUUAUCAUAGGAUUUACCGCCGCUACUCUUCAGUUGUCAUUCCUUGUUACCAAAUUCCUUGCAUAUCAAGUCGUAGAAGUCUCACAAAUGAAAGAAGGCAUGCCAGUAGAAUUUCCAGCUGUGACUUUAUGCAAUAUUGCAACAAUUUCUUUGACUAAAGUGAAUGAGCUGAUAGCUCGGAAUAAUACAGACAUUAUGAAGUGGUUUACCUUUAUACAGAAUACCAACUUUGGUGAACAAGAUGAAAGGAUGGAUUCACAUCAGGCUUUCUAUGAAAAUAUGCCCGAUGUCGCCAAAUAUAUAGGUCAUAGUGCUGAAAAUUUUGUAGUCAGUUGUAGAUUUAACACCAAGGAAUGCAGUGCAUCAAAUUUUUCAAUUUACUUUGAUGGAAAGAAUUAUUUCAACUGUUAUACAUUUAAUAGCGGCUAUGACAACAAAUUGAAUAAACCCAUCAAGGACAAACUUUUAAUGCACACCACCGGUCCACAGAAUGGUCUUUCAUUGAUUAUUUCUCUUGACAAUGAAAACCCUCCUGCAGGUGGCUAUGGAUUGUAUGAUAUAAAAAACCACAUAGCCUUUAGUGGCGGGGUCCGCGGGCAAGUCCACGCCCCCAACACAAUGCCAAGCCCUGCGGACCAUGGCUUUGACGUUGCCCCCGGGUAUUCUACUUCAGUUGGCCUCAAGGCCAUUCUACAUACACGCUUGCCUUAUCCCCAUGGUAACUGUACCAACAAUAUGCUCCAAGGAGACAAACUAUACAGGAACACCAUAUUUACCUGCCUCCAGUUGUGUAAACAGAAGAUUCUCGUCAACUGGUGCGGCUGCAAAACCGCUGCUUUACCUAUGUACCGGGAAACUGACCCCAAAAAGGGAAAUAUCCCCUUCUGCGGGGCCAUCAAAAACUGGCGUAACAUAGACGCUUAUACAAAUAAGUCAAAAGUGGAAAUUGAUACGUUACAAUGUGCUGAAAGGGUGCUUACAAAUCUUAACAAUGACAGAAGCUAUGAAAAAAACUGUAACUGUUUUCAACCAUGUGAUGAAACCUCAUAUCAAAAGUCGCUGUCUUUAUCUUACUGGCCACUGGAGUUUUAUCAACUGAGUGCUCUCAAGAAAUUCUACAAAAACCAUUCAAUGACCACCAGUUUGAUCCGUGAAGCAUACGACAAGCUCAACAACCUACAAAACCGGUGGGACCAAUAUCUCGGAGAAAACAGGCAUGUCGAAUACAAUCAAUCAGACCUUGAUGACAAAAUCAGAGCUUCUACAAUUAUCCGACAAAAUUUGAUCAGAUUAAACAUUUACCUAGAGGAUUUAAGUGUUGUUGAGUUCAAACAGAUGCCUGCAUAUGGAAUUACAGACUUAUUUGCAGACAUAGGCGGCACUUUAGGUUUAUGGAUGGGUAUCUCUGUGCUAACAAUUAUGGAGUUAGUGGAACUUAUAAUGAGUCUUAUUCUACUCCUGUUUGAUUCAGAAGAAGAUCAAGGGGAAAGCAACCUUGAACAAGAACAAGCAGAGCGCCAGUCCAUGCUUAACCCUAAGAACCAUAGUGUGAUGCAUGACAGCAAUUAUAGUCCAAACCACCAUAACACUAUCACCCAGGAUUCAAAAUAUAAUCACUUUCAUUAUGAGAGACCAGUGUAUAACCAACCACUUGACAGACAUGCUGAAUCACCAAUUUAACCAAAAAAAUAUUUAUGUUAUACAUAUAUUGGAAUUAUUCGUUUAAAAGGGUAAAGACAAUGUUAUGACUGAAUAUAAUUCAAUUGUAUGUUUUGAAAAAAUGCAGUUUUGUGUAACUGAAAUGACUGAUAACGAAUUGUGAUAUUAAUCAUCAUCUCAUUGAAAUAUGUUACAAUCAUUUUUUAAUUUUAGUUUUUCUCAUAUUUCAUUUUCAUGUUUUAUUUCUUCCUUUUAUUUCCUACACAGCAAACUUACUUUGACAUCAUUUUCACUAUCAAAACAUCCAGUCAUUUUGAACCAUCUGACAAAUGGGCUGUAUACAGACAGUUUAUUACUAGAAACAGACUUGCUUUAUCCUUAAAACAGACUUCUUUUGGCAUUCAGGUCAUGUAUAUUACCUUGUACUUGGUGAAAUAUUAAACAAAUGUUGGUGUUAACUCAGUAAUGGCUUGAGUCUGAAAAAUAACAAUAAGUCAAAACUUCCAACAUUUUUUCUAGAUUCACUCUGUACUGUACAAGAGAUAUUUGAUUUAUUAAUAUUAGCUCAGUGACUGAUUUACGUCUAAUAAAUAGAUAAAAUAUACUACAAGAGGGUCCCCAAGUUUACUAUUGCUGUCUGUUUGCGCCCAUAAAAGCAUUGUUUAUUGGGAAACAAUUCAUAAAUGGUUUGUUUGUCCGUUCCCGACCACAUUUUGAGGGCGGAGUAGGUACUGUAAUUAGGGUUGAUGUUUUAUUUGUUUUUAGCCCUGCAAUAAUUAUUUUAAUUAAGACAGAAAAACAAUAACCAGCAGAGAAUUAGCGAUCAGUGGGUCGGGUAAUGCCAAACAAUCUACUUAUCAAUUGUGGCCUUGUCAUUGUUUUAUACUCAUGGACCAUUUUAUAACAGUUUAAGGUUGAAUUUAUAAAAAUGAAAUAUUGUCAUGUUGAUUUAAAUGUAACUGUUUGGAUUAAAUAUUCUUAAUGAAAGCAUUAACAAUAGUAGUAAAUUUCUAAUUAUUUUAUUUUAUCUUGUUUUAACAGAGUGAUUAUUGAUCUAAAUUAAUACAACUUUCAUAAAUCAGCUUACAGAAAUGAGAAAUAUUUUAUUUUUAUUUUAUCAAAAUGUACAGGUAUUAUUAUUGUUUAAUAAUGUUAACAUGAUCAUCAAUUGUGAUACCUUUUAAUUAUGUUCAUAUUUACACACAACGUUAUUAAAAGACUGUAAAUAAACA